GUUUGCGGCUUCUAGGGAGCGCUGUAAUGUGAAAAGCCGCAUUUGCACUGUAUUAGUACUCUCACACUGGAAAGAAAAGCACGAGAGCGCGUUUCUUUUCUCUUCACAUCUCUAGACAUAUCCUGAGCGUGGAGUAACUCAUUUAAGUUCUACAACCAUGUCCAGGCCAGCGGGGGGCAAUGUCAAUGAUGUCACCCGCUUCCUGUCCACGGGGGCGGGGCCUGGGUCACCAACCUCAGGGUUCUCCGCCUCCAGCCAAGCUGAUUGGGCGGCUAAGAGACUUGUAUGGGUGCCUUCAGAGAAGCAUGGAUUUGAGUCUGCAAGUGUGCGCGAGGAGCGGGGUGACGAGGUGGAGGUGGAGCUUGCAGACAGUGGGAGGAAGCUGACGCUCUCGAGGGAGGAGCUCCAGCGGAUGAACCCGCCCCGAUUCAGUAAAGUUGAAGACAUGGCUGAUCUUACGUGCCUCAAUGAGGCCUCUGUCUUACACAAUCUACGAGAGAGAUACUAUUCAGGACUCAUAUACACAUACUCCGGCCUGUUUUGUGUGGCGAUCAACCCCUAUAAGAACCUGCCCAUCUAUACAGAAUCCAUCAUAGAGAUGUAUCGUGGGAAGAAACGGCAUGAGAUGCCUCCACAUAUCUACGCCAUAUCAGAGGCGGCCUACAGGAGCAUGCUUCAAGACAGAGAAGAUCAGGCCAUCCUGUGCACAGGGGAAUCUGGUGCAGGAAAGACAGAGAACACAAAAAAAGUGAUUCAGUAUCUGGCACAUGUGGCAUCCUCACACAAGUCUGGCACUCUGGGACGUCCCAAAGACAGCGCCCUUCAGACGGAUGGUACACGCUCUCUGGGUCGCGGCAACAGGGGGGAACUAGAGAGACAGUUACUGCAGGCAAACCCAAUUCUUGAGGCCUUUGGCAAUGCCAAAACUGUCAAAAAUGACAACUCUUCUAGAUUUGGCAAAUUCAUCAGGAUCAAUUUUGAUGUUGCUGGAUAUAUUGUUGGUGCUAAUAUUGAGACCUAUCUGCUGGAGAAGUCUCGAGCCAUUCGUCAGGCUAAAGACGAGCGGACCUUUCAUAUCUUCUACCAGCUCCUCUCUGGAGCUUCUGAGGCCAUGAGAAAGGAGCUUCUGCUGGGCAGUGCGGAUCAGUAUCGCUUCCUCUGCGGGGGCUCACUUCCUGUUCCGGGUCAGAGUGAUUCAGAAAACUUCACUCAGACAAUGGACUCAGUGACUAUCAUGGGCUUCACACAGGAAGAAUCCACAUCUAUGUUAAAGGUGAUCUCUGCAGUGCUGCAGUUUGGGAACAUCACGUUUCACAAAGAGAAGAACACAGAUCAGGCCUCAAUGCCGGACGACACAGCAGCGCAGAAACUCUGCCACCUGCUGGGCAUCAGUGUCCUGGAGUUCAGCCGAGCCAUUCUCACUCCCCGCAUCAAAGUGGGCCGCGAGUACGUCCAGAAGGCUCAGACCAAGCAGCAGGCUGAUUUCGCAGUGGAGGCUCUGGCGAAGGCCACAUAUGAGCGUCUGUUCCGCUGGCUGGUGCACCGGAUCAACAGAGCGCUGGACCGCAGACAGCGGCAGGGGGCCUCGUUCAUCGGGAUCCUGGACAUCGCUGGAUUUGAGAUCUUCCAGCUGAACUCAUUCGAGCAGUUAUGCAUCAACUACACUAAUGAGAAACUACAGCAGCUGUUCAAUCACACCAUGUUUGUGCUGGAGCAAGAGGAGUACCAGCGAGAGGGCAUCGAGUGGAACUUCAUCGACUUCGGUCUGGAUCUUCAGCCCUGUAUCGACCUGAUUGAGAGAUCGGCUCAUCCUCCUGGUGUCCUGGCAUUGCUGGAUGAGGAGUGUUGGUUUCCCAGGGCGACUGAUCGCUCGUUUGUGGACAAGGUGUCAGCUGAGCAGGGUUCACACUCGAAGUUCAUGCGGCCGAGGCAGCUUAAAGAAGAGGCCGACUUCUCCAUUAUACACUAUGCUGGCAAGGUGGACUAUAAGGCAGAUGAGUGGCUGAUAAAGAACAUGGAUCCGCUGAAUGAUAAUGUUGCGUCUCUCCUGCAUCAGUCAUCUGACCCCUUCAUCUCUGAGCUCUGGAGGGAGGAUAUUCAAACUCUUCCUCGCGUGUACUUUUUUGACUCUUAUGCCACACUGCAAACCAAUGGCACUGACAGCAUGGAGAGGAUUGUGGGUCUGGAUCAGGUGUCAUCUGGUGAGAGCAGUGGUCCGGUGAGUUUUGGGGCUGCUGGGCUCAAGACGAAGAAGGGCAUGUUCCGCACGGUGGGACAACUCUACAAGGAGUCCCUCACUAAACUGAUGGCCACCCUCCGCAACACCAACCCCAACUUCCUGCGCUGCAUCAUCCCUAACCAUGAGAAAAGGGCAGGGAAGUUGAGUCCUCAUUUGGUUCUGGAUCAGUUGAGGUGUAAUGGGGUGCUGGAGGGAAUCAGGAUCUGCAGACAGGGCUUCCCGAACCGCAUCCCAUUCCAGGAGUUCAGACAGAGGUAUGAGAUCUUGACUCCAAAUGCUAUUCCUCGAACCUUUAUGGAUGGCAAACAGGCGUGUGAGCUAAUGAUCAGCGCUUUGGAGCUGGACAAGAAUCUUUUCCGGGUGGGACAGAGUAAGGUGUUCUUCCGGGCUGGAGUUCUGGCUCACCUGGAGGAAGAACGAGACUUGAAGAUCACUGACACCAUCAUCCGCUUCCAGAGCGUGACCCGUGGAUACCUUGCCAGGAGGGCGUUCCAUAAGAAGCAGCAGCAGCUCAGUGCAAUGCGUGUGAUGCAGAGGAACUGUGCGGCCUACCUGAAGCUCAGAAACUGGCAGUGGUGGAGACUCUUCACCAAGGUGAAGCCCUUGCUACAGGUGACCCGCCAGGAUGAAGAGAUUCAAGCUCGGGAAGCACAGCUUCAGAAAGCCAAAGACAACCUGAGUAAACUAGAGCAUGACUUCUCUGAACUGGACAGAAAAAACCAACAGCUGAUGGAGGAGAAGUCAGUACUGACUGACCAGCUGCAGGCGGAGGCCGAGUUAUUCGCAGAGGCAGAGGAAAUGAGAGCACGGCUGGCCAGUCGCAAACAGGAGCUUGAAGAUGUGUUGGGAGAGCUUGAGAGCCGAUUGGAGGAGGAAGAGGAGAGGACCCUUCAGCUGACCACUGAGAAGAAGCGAAUACAGCAACAUGUGCAGGAUCUGGAGGAACAGCUAGAAGAGGAAGAGGGGACACGUCAGCGUCUCCAGCUGGAGAAAGUCACCCUGGAAAGCAAAGUGAAAAGUCUGGAGUCCGAGACUUUGGCUUUGGGAGAGCAGAGAGACAGAUUAAGCAAGGAGAAAAAACAGCUGGAAGAGAGACUGAAUGAAGUGACCGACCAACUCACAGAGGAAGAGGAGAAGGUGAAGAGUCUUAACAAGCUGAAAAACAAACAGGAAGCUGUCAUCGCUGAUUUAGAAGAGCGUCUGAAGAGGGAAGAGCAGGGCCGUCUGGAACAAGAGAAGUGGAAGAGACGGAUGGAGGGAGAAGCAGUGGAGGCCCAAGAGCAGCUGUCUGACCUGAGCUUACUCGUCACUGAGCUGAGAGGCAGUGUGAGCCAAAGAGAGAAAGAGAUCACCACACUACAGUCACGGCUGGAAGAAGAGGGGGCACGUCGUGCAGAGGCUCAGAGAGCCCUCAGAGAGGCCAUGUCUCAGGUCUCUGAGCUCAAAGAGGAGGUGGACAAUGAAAGAGGAAUGAGGGAGAGAGCUGAGAAACAGAGGAGAGAUCUGGGAGAGGAGUUAGAGGCGUUGAGGACUGAACUAGAAGAUACAUUGGACACUACAGCUGCUCAGCAAGAGCUCAGGUCUCGUCGUGAAGCUGAAUUAGGAGAGCUUCAGAGAUGUUUGGAGGAGGAGACCCGUCGUCACGAAGCCCAGCUGUCAGAGCUCCGCAUCAAACACACCGCUGCUAUAGACUCCCUACAGGAGCAGCUGGACAACGCCAAGAGAUCUCGUCAGUCUCUGGAGAAAACGAAGGCCAUUCUGGAGGAGGAGCGCAUGAACCUGAGCUCCGAGCUGAAGACUUUACAGGGAGGGAAGAUGGAGAGCGAGAGGGGCAGAAAGAGAGCAGAGGGACAGUUACAGGAACUCAAUGCACGCCUCGCACAGGCUGCGAGAGAAAGAGAGGAGCGAGAGGAACGACUCUGUAAACUCCAGUCGGAGCUUGAGUCUCUCACCAGUUCCCUAUCCUCAUCUGAGUCCAAAUCUCACCGCCUGAGUAAGGAGGUCAGCAGUCUGGAGAGCCAACUACAUGAUGUGCAGGAGCUACUGCAGGAAGAGACACGGCAGAAGUUGGCACUGGGCUCACGUGUACGUGCUUUAGAGGAAGAAAAAGCUGUAUUGAUGGAGAGGCUAGAAGAGGAGGAAGAGAAGACCAGAGAACUUACACGCCAGAUUCAGAACCAUACACAACAGCUGUCUGAUCUAAAGAGGCAGACAGAGGAAGUGAAUUCAGCGGUGGAGGCUGGGGAGGAGGCCAGGAGGAAGUUGCAGAGAGAGCUGGAGAACGCCAUACAGAGAGAGAGAGCAAAAGAAGAAGAGAAAGAACGCAUCGAGAGACAGAAAGAACGGCUGAGAGAAGAGAUAGAGGACAUGACCAUUGCUUUACAGAGAGAAAGACAGAACUGCACUGCUUUGGAGAAGCGGCAGAAGAAAUUUGAUCAGUGUUUGGCAGAGGAGAAAGCAGUUAGUUCUCGGCUGCUAGAGGAACGGGACCGCGCCGAAGCAGAGAGUCGAGAGAAGGAGACACGUUUCCUGUCUCUCUCUAGAGCCUUGCAGGAAGCAACAGAGCAGAGAGAUGAGCUGGAGAGAACUAAUAAGCAGCUCCGCCUGGAGAUGGAGCAGCUCGUCAACGUCCAAGAUGACGUGGGCAAAAAUGUGCAUGAGCUAGAACGUUCUCGAAGGGCUUUGGAGACGGAAGCCCAGUCUCUGAAAGAACAGACCCAGGAGCUGGAGGACGAGCUGACAGAGGCGGAAAACGCUCGCCUCAGACUGGAAGUCACCCUUCAGGCUCUUAGAGCUCAGUUUGAGAGAGAGAUCAGCACUAAGGAGGAGAAAGGGGAAGAAAAGAGGAGAGCACUCAACAAACAGGUGCGAGAACUUGAAACAAUGCUUGAGGAGGAGAAAACUCAGAGAGCUCAGGCUUUGACUGUCAAGAAACAACUGGAGACAGAGCUGCAGGAGGCAGAGGCUCAGGUGGAGGCAGCCAAUCGAGGCAGAGAGGAAGCACUUAGACAGAUGAAACGUCUCCAGACUCAGAUGAAGGAGCUUAUUCGUGAGCUUGAUGAGACCAAGUUAGCUCGAGACGAGAUUGUCGCCCAAUCAAAGGACAGCGAGAAACGGCUGCAGACGUUAGAAGCAGAACUAUUACAGCUGACAGAGGAGCUGGCUGUUUCUGAGACGCAGCGGAGACAGGCCCAACAGGAGAGAGAUGAACUGGCAGAUGAAAUCCUCAACAGUGCAACUGGAAAAUCAGCACUGUUGGAAGAGAAGCGUCGUCUUGAGACCAGAAUCACUCAGCUGGAGGAAGAGCUGGAGGAGGAACAAAGUAAUGCUGAACUACUAGCCGAGAGGCAGAGGAAGAGCACCUUACAGGUUGAAACACUUACAGUCCAGUUAUCUGGAGAGAGGACGCUGGCGCAGAAGAGCGAGAGCGCACGAGAGACUCUGGAGAGGCAGAAUAAAGAGCUGAAAACUCGUCUCAGUGAGAUGGAGGGGGCUGUGAAGGGGAAACAUCGCCUCAGUGUCGCCGCCCUGGAGGCCAAGAUAGAAACUGUGGAGGAACAACUGGAGCAGGAGAGACAGGAGCGAGCCAUGGCCAGUAAGCUGGUGAGGAAAACAGAGAAGAAACUCAAAGAAGUUCUGAUACAGGUGGAGGAUGAAAGGAGACACGCAGAUCAGUACAGAGAACAGUUGGAUAAGUCUACGGGGCGUCUCCGUCAGCUGAAGAGGCAGUUAGAGGAGGUGGAGGAAGAGAGCUCUCGCUCCAACGCUCAGCGCAGGAAACUUCAGCGAGAGCUGGAGGAAAUGAGCGACAGCAUGCAGAGCAUGAACCGCGAGCUCAACACUCUCCGCUCCCAGCUCAGGAGAGCUCCGCUUCCGAUCUCCAUGCGUGCUGGCCGAAGGGCUCUGGUAGAUGACCUUUCUCAGGAGAACUCUGAUUCUGAGGAUCCAGGUGCUUCUCCCACCCCGUCCAGCGGCCCGCCGGGUACCCCCACACCCUCAGACAACACCCUGGGCCCCCCUCCUCCCUACAGCCUCACAGAGACUGAAUAAGAAGUGGAGAGUGUGAUAGACGGACAGUUUAAUUGGCUUAACUCAUAGCUUUUGCAAUGGUACACAUAACAGAACAUCUGUACUUUAGGAUAUAACUUGAACCUAGUUAAUGUGAUUUAUUGAUUUUAAAUGAACAGAUGAAUUAGCAUGCAAGAUGGCGUAAGUUUGAUACAGUACUCUUUUAGUACUCUUUAAACCAAGCAAGCAGUUAGUAAAGACUGCAGUUUUUAAGUUGGGGAGAAAAUAAAACUACAUUUCCCAGCAUUCCUUGGGAAAUAUAAGUGUUGUAUAUCGGUGCAGUAUAUAAGGCUUAUUGUUGUAAAAUUAUGAUGGCCAUCUUAAGCUCUCUCUCAAUCAAUCAAAAGCCAUGUGUUUAGGAGAAAUCUGCAUGUAGAUGGCAAUCAAAGGCCAUCGGGUGUUGCACAGAUGUGCAACGAUCAGGCUAAAAUCAUCAUCUGUGCUUGCACAAGCCAUCAAAACCCUCAAAGCACUGAGAAACUUUCUCUCUCUCACUCCUAAAAUAAUGUUCUGUUUUAAGAAAUUGAGAAGUGAACAGGUUCAAGGAUGUAUCAUUGGUAUUUUAGAAUAUCUCUGUUUAGAUUAUAAAGGUGAUAGCUCUACUUCAGAUAAAUAGACGACAAUGCUUUUAGUUAUACAUAAUUAGGCAGAGAUGAUUAUGGAAGCCCAUUUCCACCCCAGUAAAGAGAAAAAAAGGUACUUGCAACUUAAUUUGUCACUAUUAUAAAUUGGAAUCUCAGAAUUGUGACUAUAUCUCACAAUCUCACAAUUGCAACUAUCUUUUCUCAAUAUUGUGACUGUAUAUCUCGCAAUUUCAAGUUUUUUUUUCUCUCAAUCGUGACUUUAUAACUCAUAAUGUGACCUUAUAUCUCAAAAUAUGACUUCAUAUCUCACAGUGUGACUUUAUAUCUCGCAAUUGCGAGUUUGUUUCUGCUAAUUGUGACUUUAUACUGUAUCUCGCAGUGUGACUUUAUAUCCUUCAAUUUCAAAUUUCUUUUUAAAUAUUUUGACUUCACAUCUCACAAACAAGUUUGUUUUUCACAAUUGCUGAUUUCGAACUCACGUUGUGGUCUUAUUUCUCAAAAUGUGUCUAUAUCUCAAAGUUUGACUUUAUAUCUCGCAAUUACGACUCAGCAUCUCGCAGUUGCGAGUUUGUUUCCACUAAUGUGACUUUGUAACGCACAGUUGGACGUUCUGUCGAUAUGUCACUUCUUAUCGUACAUUAUGAUUUUCGAAAUUGCAACUUUAUAUCUCACAGUGUUAUCUUAUUUUAAACUUUAUCUCAGUUAUCUUUUUUAUUUUUUAUUGAGGUAAAAAGGGGCUUUCAUAGAUGACAAUUUACAUGUACAAAGCUACGAUUGUAUAAAACAAAGACAGAAAAGUGAGUAAGAGAAAAAUGCUUUUCUAUUAAAUUAAUAUGCUACAAAUUUGAGCCAACCACUAAAGCUUUUACAUUUUAGCCAUAACCUGACCAUAAGAAAAAAAUGGCGAUACAAAAAAAAAAAAAAAAAGAACAAAAAAACUUAAAGGUCAAACAAAUACUGGACUUACAGCAGCAAAAAAAAGAGCCUCCAUGUAGAUUUAACAGUAACAGUUCCUAGAUAUCUGAAAUAUACCUUCUGUGCUCUCAUUCAAACUUUAGUAUUCAGUUACUCAGUAACUUUCUGUCAAGUUCAGGGUGUGUGUGCCGCAGAUCAGACCCUCUUAGAUACUGUGCGUAGUUAGUUAGGUAGCUCUAAAGGGACGCUUUUGUUGGUAGUGAUAUAGAUAGGUAGUUAGGAUUUCUUAAUUGAUGUCUUAACACAUCGGCUCCAGUUUCAGACUACUAACUUGUUGUAAUUUUUAUCAAGUAAGAGAAAUCAAGUAUUUAUUUUGUUUUGUAUUGAUUUUUUGUCUGCACACAGACAUGUCAUGGUUGAUGUAUAGUUUGCAAUUUUAAGUGAAAACGAGGCGAAAUGAAAGAGAUUUAGAGGGUAAGGAUGGGUUUACACUUUCCAGAGUAUCAGUCAGUAACACUGGACAGAAUAAAAAAACACUGAUUUUUUUUUUUUCUUAAAUAAGCUGCAGUGGACCUCAAAGAAUAUAACACAUGAAUGUGUUUGAGACAGUUUUUACAAUGGUGACAUGGUGUGACUGAGGAAGAUAUGAACAUAUAAUAUCUUGCCUGUUUUCCAGGGGUUGAAGGCUGCUAGUUAGUACUUGUCUCAUUAUAUCAAUGUAACUUUUUUUUUUCUUUUUUAAUCAAAUGGACAUAUUGUAUUUUUUGUUUGAAUGUGGUAAAUAUUUAUGGAUCGAAGCGUUUGUUAGGGCAUAUGGAUGACUAAAGGGACAUUACUCCAGCUUGUGCCUGUAGUAUCUGCAGAAAAUACUAAAUUGCGUCCAUUGAAAAUCAGUGUAAUAAUAAGACUGAGGUCUGGAAUUUGAUAAGUAAAUUGCAAUAUUAGGUCACCCUGAACAGCAAUCUGACUCACACAGAUACUUUUUAGAUUCCAGUUGUUGAUUGGUUCUGAGAUGUUUAUGAAUCCAUGACAAAUGAAAGUUUCCUUAGCCUUCGGUGUAUAUAUGUCUCUGAUAUUUUAGAUAUUGUAUGGUGAUGAGCAUUUUGAUACACUGCUCCUGGCUUGCACGCACAAGUUUUUAAAGUUUAACAGUGUUAAACUGUGAAUAAUAAUUGUUUGUUACCAUUAAGUUUUAGAAUAUAUUUAAGAUGUGUUAAGCCUGUGAAAUUGCAAUUUGAUUCUCUGAUGCACUGAAGGGUUUAUUACACUGUUAUUACUGCAGUAAUUACUACCUGUGUGGUCCCGCAACAGUAUCUGUCCUGUAACUCGGAAAGCAGGGUUUUCGUAAAAUGUCUGUAAUAGGUUAUGUCGAUCAGAUUUUGAUACUUGUAUUAUUUUAUUUGCCCCAAUAUUGUUUCAUUUGAAAAUGUAGUGUAUUUUUAAAUCCUGACCUCUAGAAUCAAGAUGGAUUUGUAUUCAGUUGCAAACACAAGCCCAAAGACUCAAGCCUUGUACAACAUAGUCUUUAUGCUGUUCAUUCAUCCAUUCGUCCAUUUGCCUGUCAAGCAAAUCAACACUGCUGCUAAAAAAUGUGAUUUGUCACUGAGAAAUGGAUUCAUGGAGUCAUUUGAAUUGAUUUGUACAUUUAGCAGAUAGAUUUGCAGAGCUGUUCAAACUCAAAAAUUACAUUUGAAGAGCAUUCAAAUUUAUAAACCACUAUUUCUCUGAAUCCUAAAGUCUUGUGCAUUAAAUGAAUCUUGUUAUACUGAACCUGCGCUUUAUGAUGCAGCUUUGAACCAGUGUGAGAUGAGUGGACAAUAGCAGAAAUUAUGUAUGAAAAGGAAUUAAAUCUCCAGCUGUGUUUCUGAA